UCGUUCAUGUGUAAUUUCAGAGUAAACUGGUGCCAGAAACGAGAUUCGCAGCUCUUAGGAGGUUUUAGACAGUAAGUCAUAAGAAAGCGAGUUAUAAAUUCUAGUUUUAAGAAAGCGACAGAAAUAUCAUGUGCAAAGCUCAACACUAACAUGAAUCUGACGGUUGCAGCGGAGCGCUUCUAAAGAGGGGGCGAUUUUAAAGUUUGUUGGAACACGCGACACUCGGAUUAUCAAAAGCGCAUUUUCUUCAACGAUUUUUUUGGUGGACGAAAACAAAAUACAUAUACAAAAACAGCCAGUCUCUCACUGUUUAUCACCACACAAUAACUUUGAGAGCGAUCCCACCACCUUUUUGACUUCAGUCCAGACUCCGUACAAAAAACGUAGCUGCACAGGUUCUCGUGCUAAGAGAGGGUGGUUUUCUGGACAGGUCUUGUGUACCUCUACACUGGUGAUGACAAUGACAUACAGGCAGGCGAUGGUGAACAGUCGCGUGGAAACCGCCGCUGUUGCGGUAACAGGAGGCAGCGGUGGGGCAGUGCGCUCCUGUGCAGGCUGCGGAGGUAGGAUCUCGGAUCGCUUCCUGCUCUUCUCCAUGGAUCGGUACUGGCACACGCGCUGCCUCAAGUGCUCCUGCUGCCAGGCUCAGCUGGGAGAGAUCGGCAGCACCUGCUUCAGCAAAGGAGGAAUGAUCCUCUGCAAGAACGAUUACAUCAGGUUGUUUGGUCACAGUGGGGCCUGCAGUGCAUGUGGACAGUCUAUCCCUGCCAGUGAGAUGGUGAUGAGGGCCCAGGGUAAUGUCUACCAUCUAAAGUGUUUCACUUGUGCCACAUGUCGAAAUCGCUUGGUGCCUGGUGACCGAUUUCACUACGUCAAUGGCACCAUCUUUUGUGAACAUGACCGACCAGGUGGAGCUUUGCUCAGUAGUCACCUGACCCCCCUGCAGAGCAACACCCUCCUACCCGACCAAAAGGUGUGCUGAGAAAACAAAGGAUUUAUAAUUUGCGGCGUGCCUUCUCUUCGUAUUUUCCCUCACAUCUUCCCUUCAAUCUAUCAUUGUGAAUGUCCACCCACACCCAAGAUGUCCACUUUACUUUCGUGAAUCCAGCCAGAACUACGCAAGUACUGUGGGUCACUUGCGAGACAAUCACCCCUAACGAGGGAAACACAAUCAAAUUGAAGAAAUCUGAAAAUGAUCACUCAUAUGUGGUCCAUCUGGUAUGGCUGGGAUGGCCUGAAGCCUUACUCUAUUAAAGAGCAGCCAAUUAAAGCUGGGGUGAUUUUGUUCCCUUUUGAGAAGUUUCUCAAGAAAUGUUGUGGAUGUUACCUGACAUUUUGGACUGCAUGGGUCUAUGGAUUAUGAAAGAUAUCACUUCUUGCCCACAAAAUGACAUCCAUAGAUCAAAAGACUGUUAAAACUCAGUUUUGUUUCAGUGGUGGUUGCCUUUAGCUUACAGGCCCUUUUCACUUUAAGUGUAAUUUGAUCUUUUUUGAAAACGUUCUGUCAUCUUUGGUGCCUAAAAAAAAAAAAAACAUUUUUAUGUCCAUUUUUUUCUCCUUUGUCAUUUACUUCUUCUUAGCAAGUAAUUAUACACAUGCACAGUACAGACACGUGAAAAUGUAUUGUUUUGUCUACUCGGGUUUAUGAUGUAUGAAGUGCUCUUUUUGAAAGAGUCAUAGUCUCCAGAGGAAACAGCAUGUUUUUUUUUCCAUGGUUUGGUAGAAUAAAUUAUAUGUCUGUAUGCAUAUUCUCUAAUAGAGACUGCUAUUCAGUGUCUGCCAAGACUUUUGGGAGAGUGAGGGAGAUGGAGAGUAAAAUUGUACAUAUCCCAUGUGCUGUUGUAUCGUGUUCAAUGGUUGACCUGUUUCCUUGUGUCCUCUGUUUAAACGGAGGAGCGUUCAAAAAAUAAGAUGUCUGUAAAAGAAAAAAGUACUUAAUUAAAAAACUAUAAUCAUCACAAA